AGGUGUGCUCAGCAGGACUGCUCUUAUGACGGGUGGAUCUGAGAUAAAAAGAUGUAAUUUCACCAGCUUGUGUGGGCGGAAGGGAAAGCAAUCUUCCCACUGCCAGGUUAGGAGCGCUGUGUCUCAUAAACUGCCACCGGGAAUCCUCACCGACUCAGGUGGGAUCAUCUUCAUUAAGAGCAACAGGAUCCGGCUUUUCUCUCCUGGGACAAGACCUUCCAAGUCUCUGCAGUACAUCGCACGCCUUAGGGAAUAGGAUGGAAACAGUCUGACGACAGUUUAAGUGGAAGGUUUUUGGCGCGUACAUUGCGGCUUUUCUGUGCAUCAUGGGAAACGACAACAGUCGACAAGCUGAAAAUGAGCAAGAAGCCAAAGCUGUUUCCAGCGGGGUGUCCCAGCUACAGCCAUGUGAGCCCAAACUAGAGGAGCCGCUGUCUGCUAUAGGAUCUGCCCCUGCUCUUGUUUCCCAUCCGUUACAUGAUAGCAAGGAGUCUGCCACGAGCAAAGAAUGUGGAGGCAAAGUAGAAGAAAUAUUUUCCUCCUUAAUUACCGAGGACCUGAGUGUGCCUUCUGCUGCUCCCAGUGGAGAGGUCCCGUUGCCGUAUGGCUGGGAGGAAGGACAGCUGCUUCCUGUGGUUCCGCUCGCUGAUCUUUAUAUAGCAGGCCUGGGAGACAAGGGAUCAACCAGUAGCCCACACCCUGGAACCAUUAGUGAAGAAUCAAUGGAAAAUCCAAACUUAGAAGAAGAAAUCGGACUUAUUGGAAUUCUGAGAGAAUGGGGAAAGGAUGUGCUCCCUGAAAAGCUCCCCUUAAAGUCAGAUAAUGAAUAUGAGGACUCCACUUUGUUGUCAGAGGAUGAAACAGAAGAGCCAGUUGGUGGAGGGGGCCUACAUUUACCAAGCACAUCAGAAGCAUCUCCAACCUUCCAGAGCACUAUAGACAUGAAAACAGAAGCCAGCGAAUGCCUUACAAAUAAUGACAAGGAAAAUAAGAUUGCACUCCUUAAAGAAGACACAAGUGUCUCAGAAACACCCCAUCAUAUACAAGAAUUUCCAUUAUUAUCCAACAGGGAGGAAUCUCUAUUACAGCUAGAGGGUUUGUUGGGAAGCUCUGACAAAACUGUCCAAGCCGCAGUAGAUUCUAGAGAUUGUGUUACUUCUCAGGACAUACAACAAGGUUUGCCGAAAUUUUCUGUCAGUGAGUCUUUGACUACAGAUGGUGUGAAUACCCAGACAAGCAAAGUGGAAGGCUUAAUCCAGCCUUAUAUAGCAGAUGGCAGCUCAGAGAAGAAUAAAGAUAUAGACAAAAUGCCAAUUCAGGAAGGAUCCUUAACAGACAGAUAUGAGGGAUGCGAAGAAACCCUAGCAAUUCCAGAAUGUGUGCCCUCUGUCACAUUGCUACAGCAUAUGGGAAGUCCAGACACAGUUAGCCAUAAGCCAAUUACAUCAUCAGCUGAUGCACAGUCUGGGCAGCAGGCUAUAGAGAAGGAGAGACUUAUACUGGGACAGAUGGCUGAAUAUACUGGUUAUCAAAAUGUUAUUGAAACACAAGCCAAGGAAUCAGAUACCAUAGAUGUUCUCAGUACGGGGAAGAUUGUCUCUAAAGACAUGAAACUGAGACUGGGAGACAAGUCUGACAACAUCGAUUCAGAGUCCACAAGUCAAAAAAUCAAUUAUGAUACCAAUUUGAAUGAUAUAAACUCUGCAUUUGAUUUAAAGGAUGAAUGUCUUUCUAAAUUAGAUAUAGCAAAAGGCAACGUUGACAAUAAGGUUCUUCCUGAAGAGGCCACCUUACAUGAUGUAUAUGCUCCAAACCUUGAAGGAGACAGUAUGAUCUUCACUCUUACAGCACCCAGUCAAUUUGUUCUCGAUACAACUUCAGUGCCUCAUGUUUCCACAAUGGGUGUUGAGGAUAAGCUUAUAGACAAUGAUCAUAAUAAGAUCAAGGAAGAGCAAAGCAAUCUAGAUAAGACAAACAUAUCUUGUGCAGAUGAAACACUAAGAAGUAAAGAUUUCCAGUCUGAAGAGCCCAUGUCCAGUAGAGAGAAGGAGCAGUACAAUGAAGGGUCAAGGAAAGAAGCAGACACAGAGGAAGAAGGUACUGGAGCUACUAGAAAGCUUUACAUUGGUAAUAAUAAGCAAACAUCAAAGAGUAUACAGCAGAAAACUGCAGAGAAUGAUACAGAGGCUGUUAAGUUAUUUGUGGCUGUAAGUGACCCAUUAUUGAAAGAGGCACUACCCUUUAUUUCAAUGUCUGAAGAGCUCCCAGAAGAAAAAGGACAUGAGAUGGUUAUUGUACCCAAUGACUCUAUGGAAUUUUUAGAAUGUUAUGGAGAAUCUAUGUUUGAGGAAAACAUAUCCAAAGUCCAAAACACAGAUACCACCAUUAAUGUUGGAUUACCAGUUUCAAUUCUGUGCAAUGUGGAUAGUCUAAACCUCAAGCCACAUGGUGCAACAAAGGAGUCAGCUAUAGUUCAGCCAACCCAAAAUUCUCUCCUUGCAACUACAGAAGCUGAAGCCUCACAGUCCUUAAAAGAAGAAGAAAAUUCCAGCACAAUCCUGGGAAACAUAACUAUUAAGCAUAAGGAGGGGCCCCUAACUGCAUUAAGUCAGCAAGGGAAAGCUUCCUUAGAGGAAACACCCAACCCAGCUUCUGACAGUCUUUUGUGCUCUGUCAAACUUUCACAAGAUCCCGAACUGCUGGAGGACCCCUUAAAUAGUAUUACUGAUUUUCAGCUAGCAGUUGGUAAAGCACCCAAAAAUAUCAAUGAAGCUGGUUCUAAUAUAACUAAAAGUACAGGAAAUGUGGAAAAGGAGCCUAUAACGCACAUGGAAGCAUUCAGCUUGUCAUCUGCAAAUGCCAUUGCAACUGAUAUGGAACAUGUUGUAAAAGCAAUCCAGAGCAAUGACACUUCAAAAGAGCUUUGCACACAAGAAAUAACCAGACCUGUCUCGUCACUUAUUGUGUCUUCUGUUAAUUCUAGAAUGGAAGAGCUGCUCCCUGAGGCAUCUAUUGACAAUGCAGCUCAUAAAGGAACUGGAAAUAGCUCUGAAGCAAUGUGCAUUGACCAGGAAGUUUAUUCAGAAACAGAGACCAUCUCAUCAUUUAGCUCUUCUGAACCCGAACUGAAGCCACCUCCAAAACCUGAAUUAACAAACCAGACCUUACAAAACAUCUCUGGUUUAGAGUAUUCUGUUGUUAAUACUGAGCAACUAAGCAGCCCUACAUCUGAGAGUCUUCUUGUGGGUGACAGCAGGACAUGUGAAAACUUAGCAGCUGCACAAGAUGACCACAAAAGAAAGUUAUCUAGUACAGAUUAUUCUGCAGGUGCUCCCAAAACAAUAUUUACAGAUGAGCUAGAAGAACUGCCAUUUGUAGACUCCAGGACUAGUCCCAUAUCUGAAACUAUGCUAGGUCCAUAUAAUAAUGUCCUUGUACAAUCUCCUUCUGGCAGAGAUAUUCAACAGUUAUUCCUGGACAGUUGCCCAAGACUUCUAAACCAACAGGAUCCAUGCCCGGAUAUAAAACCGAUAAAAACUGCUACUGAAUAUCCCCCUGUGACUCCUGAAACAGUGACUAAAGAUCCACCACUGUUUGAAGGUCCUAGUAUGAGUGAGGUCAAACAGUCUCACAAAAUAAAAAAUACACGUAGUUCUCCAGUAGUAGAGGAAUCACAGGUUCCAAAAACAACACCAGCAUUAAGCAGUAGAACAGCAGAACCUGGAUCUCUGGAAGACAACCUGCUGAGAAUAGAUUGCGACAAGGCUGAUGAAGUAGAACAAGAUGGUGUCAAUAUUCAGAGUCUCUUUAAUGUUACAGAAUCAGAAAUUAAGGAAGAUUUGUAUUUCCCAUCAACAACAGAAAAUAAUGAUAAUGAAAAUAAGAAACAUAUUGAUGGCCACAACAUUCAGUUUGUAGAUAAUACAGCAGAAGAUCUGUUGCAUGAUGGGAACCAAAGCUUGGAUACUGUACAAACCAAGGAAUUUCCAAACUGUGUUUUUCCAGAUGUAGCACAAAAACAUAGUGCACAGGCUUUAAAGUUGGAGGAAACACUGGUCACUGAGCACCCUGCAGGGAAACAUCCUGAGACUGUUUGCAAAGAAAAUCUUGAAUUUAACCCUGAUUUUAAUAAGACAACAGGAGAUUGUUUUCAGGAGCUUUCCAAUUUGAAAAAUGACACUUUCACUACCAAAGAAGACAAAGAGAUUUUAGUAGGACACGAUAAUAUCACCGAUACCUUACCUGAUUCUGGAAUAGACGUAUCCCCACAAAGUGUACCCAACGAGCGGAGCAAGGAAACUGGAAGCCAAGUUCCUUCUAUCCAACAAGUUCCUCAGCAGAUGCUGGCAUCCAUGGAAAGCCUGGGAGAUAAGGGAUUUAUUUUCCAAAUCUCAGAUUUUGCUUGUGUAGAGGUGGGAGAUUCCUCCAUGAAACAACAUACAGAAGUUAAAGAAACAGAGCAGAGCAAAGUAAAAGGUGUUGUCUCCAACAAUACAGAAACGACAGGAAAUGUAGAUCUAUCUGCUAAUAGCAUUACUGAUGAUCACCCAGGUGAAGAAGAAAUGCAAGUCAAUACUCUCAUAUUAGAUGGACCACUCCAAUCCAAUAAGAUGGAAGAAGAGCUAACUCUGCCAGUGGCUAAAAUGAUUUCUGUAGAAGCAGUUCCUGACUUAUAUUUUGCCCCAGAAGAUACAGAUGUUCUAGCUGAUACGCCAUGCUCCUCUCCGAAAGAAACAGAAACAGAAAUACUAUUUGACAUGACAUACCCUAAUUUUAAAGAGACAGAAAUACUAUUUGAUAUACCAUGUCUUGCUCCUACAAAGUUGGAAUGUUCAUCUGGCGAACCUUGUCCCACUACUACCGAGACAGAAAGAUCCUCUUGUGAUGUUGUUACUCUACCAGGGCAACCUUUGAUUCAAGGGCAGGAUUCAAGCCUUUUGGAGUCAAAUGGCGCAAAUAUAUUGGAUGAAAAAGUAAGUAGUACUUUAGAAAUUUCACAUCAAAAAACAGAAAUGGUUUCUGUAGAUAUACAUACUGGUAUAUAUGAUGUUGUGGAGCAAAUACAACUUUUCAGCGAGGACAGGCAACCAGGCUCCCUAGAUCUUGAUACUCAAGAGACACAAGAACCAGUUUCUGAAGACCCUGUGACUAAAAAAGAGAAACCUCUAUCUCCAUUGCCUAGCAGUGAACUAAAAAUAUCAUCUGCAUUGGAGUUUGCAAAUAAAGACACAGAGCUUCCUUUGAUCCAGGAUGCCUCUGAGAAAAAAAGACUGGCUUCCGUGGAACCUUCUGGUCAUGUAGAGGAACAGACUUGUAGAGAGUCUGCCAACGAAGAUAAGGAAUUCACUAAUAACGAUGCUGUUACAAAAGAUAAGAAGCAUACUUUAGACUCUGCAACUGAUGAGGAAGAGCACACUUCAACCAUGCCGGUUACUAAACAGAUGGAGCUCGCUUUGGCAGAUCAUGCCAAUAAAGGGAAUGAACCAAUUUUGUUAAAGUAUGUUGUUAAAGACAAGCCAUGCACAUCUGUAAAGCAUGGCACUAAAAAGGCAAAGAUUAAGGAUGCCUCUCAAAAGCCUGAAACGACUAUAGAUUGUUACAAACAUGAGGACAAACAGACAUCUAAAGAAACUGCUAUUAUAGAUCAGAACCUCUCUUUUAUAGAGUCUUCUACAAAUGAGAAGGACGUCACUGUGCCAGUCGCUAAAGAGACAAAGAUCACUUUGAUAGAGCAUGGUGCUCAACAUACAGUGGAUCUCAUGAAAACGAAAAAAAUAAGUCCAACUGCUGCUAAAAAUCUUGAACCCACCUUGGAAGAGCAUGUACAUAAAAAGAAGGUAGUGACUUCUGUAGAUCCUGCUGUGAAAGAGAUGGAAUUGAUUUCUGUGCAUGAUGUUUCUACAGAAAUGGUCUAUACCUUGGAAAAGCAUGUAGUUGAAGAGAAGGCACUUGCUUCUGAAGAUUUUGCUACAAAAGAGAAAGAAUGCAGAGUCUCUGUAAAGACUAUCACAAAUGAUAUGGAUUCCACCUUAAUAGCGUAUGCACCUGAAGAGACAGCAAUCACAUUUGUAGAUAAAGCCCAGAAAGAAAACACUGUUUUCACUAAAGAAAUGGAACCAACCGUGGAAGAAAUUACACCUAGAGAGAAGGACACCAAGGACAAGGAUCACAUUUCUAUAGAGACUUUCACUAAAGAGGAAGAGUCCAGUUUAAUGGAGAAGAUCACAAAAGAGAUUUGUAUAGCUUCUUCUACAAAUGAGAAGGACAUCACUGUGCCAGUCACUAAAGAGAUGGAGAUCACUUUGAUAGAACAUGGUGCUCAACAUACAGAACCCACUGCAGUUGAUCUCAUAAAAAAGAAAAUAAUAAGUCCAGCCUUUGCUAAAGAUCUUGACUCCAAUUUGGAAGAGCAUGUACCUAAAAAGAAGGUAGUGACUGCUGUAGAUCCUGCUGUGAAAGAGAUGGAAUUGACUUCUGUGCAUGAUAUCACUACAGAAAUGGACUGUACCUUUGAAGAGCAUGUAGCUGAAGAGAAGGCACUUGCUUCUGUAGAUCUUGCUACAAAAGAGAGAGAAUGUACAUUUGUAGACACUGUCACUAAUGAUAUGAAUUCCACCUUAAUUGCCACUGCACCUGAAGAGACUGCAAUCUCAUCUGUAGAUAGUGUCCAGAAAGAGAUUACUGUUGUCACUAAAAAAAUGAAACCAACCGUGGAAGAAAUUAUAUCUAGAGAGAAGGACACCAAGGACAAGGAACACAUUUCUAUAGAGACUUUCACAAAAGACAAAGAAUCCAGUUUUAUGGAGAACAUCCCAAAAGAGAUGAAACCGACUUCUAUAGAUAAGUACAAAAAUGAGGAGUUACAGGUAUCUAAAGAAGCCAUUGCCAAAGAUAAAACAUUGUCUUUUACAUAUUCUGGCACAAAGGAAAUUGAAGCCACUUCUACAGGCCAUAAAACAAUGGAGUUUACACUCAUGGAUCAUGACAGUAAUGAGAAGCAACUGUCUGAGAAGGGACACACUUAUUCAGAGCCUUUGGCUAAGGAGAUCAAACCCACCCUUGUAGAACCUGUGUUUAUAGAUCAGGGACACUCCUCAAUUGACAAUGUCUCUAAACAGAAGAAAGCAGCUUCCAAGAAGAGCAAACCAAUUUCAACAGAGUGUGCUACAAAAGAGAAGGAACUCGAUUUAAUGGUGCUUAGUCCUUCCUCUCUUUUAAAGUCCACACCUGACAGUCAAGUUCCCAGUUCAGGACAUCUGAAUCCAAGUCCAAUACAUGAUUACACUGAUGCAGCUUCUACUAAUACAGUCAUCAGAAGUCCAACCUUUCCCGUGCCUGACUCGUACAGUUUUACCCAGAAGUUACGCAGUGUUCUACAUUCUGACAAGACAUUCACCAGGAAAAGUGCAACACCUACCUCCCCGGAACCUCUCAUUCUUCCCUCAAGUCCCAGGCUGGUCGCUGAAGGAACCCAUACUCUAAGGAGCUCUGAUUCUGAAGAAGCAUUCGAAACCCCAGAAUCUACCACUCCUGUGAAAUCAGCCCCCCCAGUGUCUUUUCCAGCCCUGUCUGAAGUGCAGGAGCAGCAGCCUCCGCCGGUGCAGCAAGUAGAGGACGAGAUUACGCAGCCUUCGCUGCCACUGGAGGAUACAGAUUCAGUAUUUGCCGCAGACAACAUCUCAGUUGCAGAUGAGCCAGGUGUGAUUGAAGAAGUGAACCAGUCUCCUUUUCGAGCCCCUUCUCGCUCGUUUUCUGCAGUUUUUGAUGAGGACAAGCCUAUAGCUAGCAGCGGGGCUUAUAACUUGGACAUUGAAGCCGUUGAAGUGGAUGAUAUUUCCACUUCUUCAGACAUACCUGUACGAUCCCGCCGCAAGUCUACAGAUUCAGUGCCAGUCGGGAGAACCCUCUCACGUUCGCUCAGUUUACAGGCUGCGGACUUCCAGAGCGAAGAAGGAUUCGGGAACCAAGGGGGAUCAGACAGUGCUUGCAAUUCUCUACGCAGAACCAAGAAAGUUCGUCCUGGAUCCCUUAAGAAGAAAACAUCAAGCACUAAAAAGCAGAUAGAGCCUGCAGGGUCUAAGGAUACUAAGGAGGAGGUGACAGGUGAUUCUCAAGAGACAGACUUGGACAUAAAAGUGCAGAGACUGUCAAGUGACAGCCCAACUCCCCCCAUAUCAAACCCAGACUUGGAACUUGUGGAGCCACAGCAAAUCUCCGUCCUGCCAUCCUCAGAUAUUCCUUCUGUCAGUGACCAAGAAUGCAGUGUUGGAGGGGUUUCUGUAAGUGAUUUGUGCGCUCCAGAAGAAACUGUCACAGCUUCUCCAUCAAUAGAUAGUCACCAGGGACCUGAGGUCCCCAGCUCUGAAACGGAAGGUCCAGAAGCAAUUGGAAUUAUUGGCCAAUCAGUGAGGCUGGAGUUCGACUAUUCAGAGGAGGCACGUGAGGGGCAGCCUCCCACCAGAAAGGGCAAAAAACCCUCAGGCAAAAUGCCACUACGCAAACCCAAGCCAAAGAAGGCAGUUGAAAAACCAGAUGCACCGCCUGGAUCUCCCACCCCCAUUUCUAUGGAGCCUGAUGACAUCCCUAUUGGGAAAGGCACAUACACAUACAAUAUGGAUAAAUGGGAUGAUCCUAACUUUGACCCCUUUUCCUCAAGUGGUAAAAUACAAGACUCCUCCUCAGCUAUUCAGGAUGCUCCAGAACCAACCAAAACAGUCACCCACAGAUCUGAAUCCCCUGCGAAAACACCAGCAUCCUUUGAGAUACCCUCUGGUGGUGCUGAACAAAACACCGGAGAAAGCAAUAAACCAGCUAAGAAGAAAAAGACGCCAUUAAAAACUGACACAUUUAGGGUGAAGAAGUCGCCAAAGCGCUCCCCGGUCAAUGAAAAUGGCACAGAGGAGCUCACCCUACCUCCCAAAUCAGAUAUACCCCCAGUGAUAGCCUCUGAGGAUCACGCUACUGAUGAGGAGAAACUGGCUUCGUCUGUGGGUCAGAAAUGGUCCUGCAUGGCAGUGGAUUUGGAGCCGGAGAAGAAAGAUUACCCAGAACCCUCGGAUCUCUCCAACUUCGUGAAUGAGAAUCAGUUCCACACCUCAACGGCAGAUGAUACUGAAUUUGGAAACUCUUAUAAUAUUGAAUACAUGGAGAAGACUGGAACUUGCUCCCCGCUCCAAGAUGUGCCCCAAACCCAGUCCCUGUACCUGAUGUUCGAGGGCUCUCAGGAAAGCCCAGGGAACACUCCUUCCAAGUUCUCAGAGACAAGCAUUCCAGGAACAGGAUCUACUUUUGAUGGGCUGGAGCCCCCUCUCUGCACAAGGACUCCCCCCAUCAUGCAGGAUUCUAUACGGCAGCCCCUGGAGAGGCCCCGGCAGAGAGAUGAGGAAACCGGAGGACUGGGAUGCGGAAAGAUGGAGUUGGGCUCUCCUGAAGAUGCGUAUGUAGCUGCUGAGACCCUGUUGUCUCGGAUUUCCCAGCAAGCAGCUCUCUGUGAUCAGCUGAGCUAUCUGGAACCCGACCUUGCUGAAAAGAACCCCCAGGCGUUUGCACAGAAAUUACAGGAGGAGCUAGAGUUUGCAGCCAUGCGAAUUGAGGCUCUGACAUUAGCCAAACACAUAUCCCAGGCCUCUUUGAGCUCUCGGCAUCCUGAGCUCCUGCUUUGGGAACCUUCAGAGCUGGUUUGUCGGGAUAGUAACGGUGUCUCACUCUCAUCUCGCUUGCAGUGUGAGGGAAUUGACCCUACGGAUGUCGGCCUUUCUCACAACUCUCUCUACUCCCACACUGUGGCCAUGGAGACUGGGAGCAGUGCCCUCUUGCAUCCUUACCAGCAGUCCGACGUCGACACUGCUCUCCAGAUUGCCAGGGAAGAGAUCGCCGCCAAGGAGAGGGAGGUGUCUGAUUGGAAGAAGAAGUAUGAAGAGAGCCACUGUGAGGUGGUGGAGAUGAGGAAGAUUGUUGCAGAGUAUGAGAAAACAAUAGCACAAAUGAUUGGCAGCCCAGAGGAUGAGCAGAGGGAGAAGUCGGUGUCACAUCACACAGUGCAGCAGUUAAUCCUAGAGAAAGAACAGGCUCUGUCAGACCUAAACUCAGUGGAGAAGUCGCUGGCAGAUCUCUUCCGCAGAUAUGAGAAGAUGAAGGAGGUUCUAGAGGGAUUCAGAAAGAAUGAGGAGGUGCUGAAGAAAUGUGCGCAGGAAUACUUGGCCCGGGUAAAGAAAGAAGAACAGAGGUACCACGCUCUUAAAAUCCACGCAGAGGAGAAGCUGGACAGGGCCAAUUCAGAUAUAGCCCAGGUGCGCAUUAAAUCUCAGCAGGAGCAAGCAGCCUACCAGGCCAGCCUGAGGAAGGAGCAACUCCGAGUGGAUGCUUUGGAAAGGACCCUGGAGCAAAAGAAUAAAGAGAUUGAAGAACUUACCAAGAUUUGCGAUGAACUCAUUGCCAAGAUGGGGAAGAGUUAGCCACCCCCUGACUGACUGGGGAUGCUUGUUUUUCAAGCUGAGUGCAAUGUGAGGAAUACAAGUUGGGGGGACUCUCAUUGUUUCUAUGUUCCUUUUCCCAUCUAGAAUGUAGAGGGGAGGCACCUGCAGCUCAGCGAGGCACAGGAAGCGUGUAACGCAUAAUUCUUCCCUGCAUGUCCUUCCUGUAUCAGGGAGGCGCAAUCCUUGGCUGUGUAUCUCUUGCUGUCUUGUCUGAUUUUAUAUGGACUUUUUAAUUUUCCCUGACCUGCAUCGAGUCAAAGGGCUUUGAGCUCACGAUGUGUCCUGCUGAGUGAAGACCCCACUACCGUGUCUCAAACUGUCCCCUAAAGGGUGACAAUAAUAACAUGCUGAGGCCUUGUUGUUGAAGCAUUGGUGGCUUUUAUCUUUUCCAGUAAGAACCAAGACCAUCAACUAUAGGCAUGAGUUGUGUGAUGUAAAUAAAUUAUACUAUUCAAACCCUU